CCGCGAUGCUUUGCAGUGUUGCUGACAUUGCUCUGUACGUUGGUUUCAAAGUUAUUCUUGUUCAAGUACUUCACUCUGCGGAGAUUGUUAUCGUUGGGGCUGCACUGCCUCCCGGCGCAGAAGACGAGAUAGUCCUGAUCGAGCACCUCCCCGGUCGCCGAGUUCACCUCCAAGACUUCUUCUGGACCGGCGCAGAGGACGCGCCGUCAUGGUUGGAUCCAGACCAGACCCUUACCUUCUACGAGACUCGAACAAUCCACCACACAGCGACAGUCUUCGUUCCUGGCGAAGGAAUCGUUCCAGGGCCAAGCGAAAACAUCCCCAGUGUCGCCCCCCAAGACCCGGGCUGUACAAACUGCAUCGAGCCCACCCCCACGCUGGUUGAUCCUGACCAGGACAUUGGCAUCCUCGUGGGUGACGACCCAGGCCCCAGGUACUGGUUACUAACCGUUCUUCGUUCCGGUGAAAGCGUGCCGCCAAAGGUGGAGCUGAGAUUGGCUCGUUUAUACCGCGCGGCUUUUGCCAGACAGCAGCAGCGUCAUCUCGGCCUCUUAUCCACCGAUCCUCGUUUGCGUAGAGCCACAAAACGGAGAUUGAUUACAGAGAACACUAAGAGUAUAUUAAAGAGCCCAAACGACUCUGCGCAAAAAAGUACAGGCAUCGACAGUCUGUCAUUAGUAACAGAAGCCUCAUCAAGCCUCCAACCAAAGAAGGAAGGCGUACGCAUGAGGGAAUUCAAGAUCUCCAAGGAUUACAAAUUUCUGAUCGAUAACACUGACAUCGACCAAACAACAGCAUCCUCUGUACUAGCCGAAAAUAACGACGGCUCCUCAAGCUUUCGAGUUGAAGGGCAGCCUUCACUAUCUUCAGCAGGAAUUACAAAAAUAAAGGAAUUUAGCGACAGUAUUACGUCAACUUCCCCUGGAAAUAUCGAAGCCACAGAGAGCAGAGAAGAAUAUUCUCCUUCGAGUGAAGAGUAUUCUUCAACCACAAGAAUCGCGGGGAUUCCCCAGUACCUAAUGGGUGGAAAUUCUCAGUUUUAUCCGGACAUGAGAGAUGUCGACAAUCUAGAGCCGACAAUUAAUGACGAUAAAGUAUCAUCAAGUGAGGGAGAUAAUGAUGAAGCCGUCAGAUUGAAAAAGUCGAAUGAGGCUGAGGAGAAUGGUACAGAGGUUGUGCGAGAGCCACAAUCGGCAAAGUUGAACUCAACGAAUUCGAGACUGAGAACGUCGGGAAUGGUUCAGGUGAGAAUGCAGAAUACAACAGUCCUGGAGGAUGGAUCAACGAGGCUAAUUUAUUCAGUGCAUUUGGGGGGAAAACCAGUGCCCGCUGAGACAGCGGCCAAAGACAUGGCACUGUUAUCGCCUCAGGAGGUCGCACUGGAGCUGGGUGCACCGGUCAUUAUUCAGAGUGAACCAUAUUUAAAGGAAUCCCGGCCAUUGGCACUCUCGAGGAGGAGAGAUGCCUGGUUGCUCGUGGGAGCUGCUAGUGUCGCACUCAUUCUCCUGCUGGUUCUCGCGGGAAUUAUUUUGGCGUUGAAGAGGAAAAAAGCACAUAGUGCUGUUUCGGCCCCACCAACGCAGAGUAUCUUGAAGAAGGAGAGGGGAGGCUAUACUCCAACUACUCCAGGACUUGAUAAUACUGGGUACACGUCGGAGACCGAGGGGAGAACCGAAGGUACCAGCCAGAGACAGACGCCGGGGAGUAUUUCGAGAUCCCCAGCGACGCCAAUCACUCCGGAUACCUUGGACGAAGAGAUUCACGAGUUAUCUAGUGACAACAACGACGAGAAGGAUGAGGGAGACGUGAAAAAACAGGGCCAUGAGCACUGGGACAUUGAGGAAUAUCCGUUAUCAGGAAAAAAAUCACGAGCUGGAAGACGAAGGAUGACACGAACAAACGCAAUAGAAACCACUGGGAGUCCCGAUUCCCUCGACACAGUGAUUGAUCAUCAACAGCAUCGAGACUCCCUCGAAAACGGUUGUACUCACGUUCUCGAGGAAACUGCCUCACCGCACUCUUACUUGUCAAUGCCGUCCUGCAAACUAUUUCCAAGUAUGCGAAGUGUCGAACCAUUAUCCAGAAUUCUCGAGCCAGUCGUCGUGAGGCACUUGGACAUGGAGUUUGAAACUCCUGAGAUGUCGAGGAGAGGAAAUGGAUUCAGUCACAGAGACUCCGGGGAUGAAUUAUUAGGGAGAACUAGGAGUGCUCUCAAGGAUCCGGGAGUAGUAGGACCGAUUGUUUGGGAUCUGAGGAGACAAAGGGCUGUCGAAGACAUAACUGUUUGCAGAAAGCUUGACAUCGGAGACGGACGUCGAGCGUCAAGCGCCUUCGUCCGGACCAGUAGGUCGAGCAAGGAGAAGACUCCACGAGCUCCUCGAGGAUUCGUUCAGCCUCUUCAGCACGAGAGAGGUCAAGCAAAGAGACACAGUACCAGUGUCUUCUACAUUGCGUCCGAAUUCGGCGGCGAUAACACCCGAUCGUGCUACGAUGCAUUCGGUAUUGAGAGGGAAAUCCGCCCACGUCAGUCCCGUAGGAAGUCCCAUAGACAACGUAAAAAAUCGUCCACGCACCUCAGUACCCCGAAACGAGGACGAGAUAAUUCCCGAAACCGGAAAUAUGGGACCACCAGCGAGAGGUGCGUGGGGUUCGAGACCGAUGAGCGCGGGCCCAUUCCACCGUCCAAAUUUACCAGAGGUAGACGUAACAAGAGUACUCGCCGAUCCCCAAUUAGCACCCGAGGAUCCAGCAGUUCCUCUGAUCGCCGCUAUUAGAAAAGAGUUAGAGAAAUUCACACCAGAGAGAGUUUAAUUGUCAUGUAGAAUGGAAUUUAUUCAGUAUUUAUCACACUGUUUUUAUUGGUUAAAUUUUACGGAAACAUUGUAUCAUUGUAUAUAAAUCAUCGUGGUUACUCUUCUUACUGGAGUAGAAUAUUUUUCAAUACUUCAUGCAAAAUUAUUGGAAUAAAUUUUCACAUGGACAAAAAUAGCUCAUUUUUCUGGUCUUUUCCUGUUCAUUUGUCAGUGGAUGUUCCCAAUUUCUUUAGAAAAAUAACCUGAAAAAAUAGUUCCACAGGGGAAAUACUGGAUAGAAUAUCUUCAAGGAAAAGGAUUCUGCAAUCAAUUCUACUCAGCAGCGAAGAUAAAAUUCAUUGAAGGGCGUUUUUCCAUGUUUUCGUGCAUGAUAAUUUCCCAUUGAGAGACAGAAAACUAGUGCAAUGGAAUUGAUUCAAUACUUAUCAAAUUGUUUUUACUGGGUGAA